UUCCCAGCAUGCAACAUUCAAAAUGUCGCUGUCAUGUUGUUUCUGGGAGGCUCACUUUGCAUGUUUAUCCAACCAGAGUAAUGUUUAUGGACUGACUUCUUUCCGUCUUCCUGACGGAGGUAGUAAAGUACUUGUUGCACCUCUCAAAGAUAAUGUUUUGUGCCUGGAAUACGUCAAGAACAAGGGGAAUUUGAAGCCAGUUGCCCGGGAAGUGCAGUUCAUUUACAAUAACCCAGAUGAUGCAGAGUUAGAAUCAAUCAGCGCUUUCACCAAACAACCUGAAUCAACUGGUCUAGUUGUUGGCAUCACAUUCACCAAGGAUGACGGUAGUGACAGCCCCAGUCAUUAUUUCAACAUCUAUUAUCCAUGGGAAAAAGAUGCAGAUUUUAACUUGGACAGAGACUCACAGUUAUGGAACAACAUAGAGCAUCUCUUGGACUUCAUUCCUUAUUAUUUGUGCCACACAGACAUAAUCCAAGAUGGACAACGAGAUACUGUCUUCCUUCUGACAGGAGGCGAUAGCAAGAUUCAUUUAUACAAGGAGGACAAGGAAUCAUCAAGUCGUUUCUCGGAGCAUCCAAUAGAGGACCUCUUCCCUGAAUUUGAGGACCUUCCCAGCAUUGCUCUGUGGUUACACUGUCAGCUGCUUCCAAACGACAGGCGAUUGACGGCUGUGGGUUGUCAGAAUGGCUAUGUCAGAUUGUCACUGGUAUCCUACCAAGCAGAGUAUGCAGAAGUCUUGCAGACUUGGGAUGUGCAACAUGACAGUGCUAUUACCUGUGUCAAACUCUUCAAGACGCACACUCCAGUCAAGAAGCCCUCAUUUCUGCCUCCAGGAGAUGAAGAAGGAGAUGUGAAUCAGAGCCCUGGGAUGGAGGAAUGGCACUUGCUGGUGACUAGUGCAUUAGAAGUGGCUGUAGUAUACAGGAACAUUGUGUGUAAUGGCUUCAAGAGACAGAUGAUCUUACCAGACAGUGAUUGUUAUGACUGUACCCUAUGUGCUUGCGUUGCCGAUGUAGACUGGGAUGCUGAGAACGAGAUACUCAUUGGAACCUACGGUCAGGAAUUACUGUGCUACAAAUUCUUUUCAAGAGAUGACCGAAAACCAACAACACAGGAAUCAAUGAAAUCAGAAGGAGAUGUUGAGAGCCAUGAUGGCAAGACAGAAGGGGAUGAGCUUGGCUCGGGGACCAGACUAGAGAUGGGAGACCAAGAAGGAGCAGAGGAAAACAUGACAGGAACUAAUGGAAGAGAAGACAGGGAGCAAGACUUGGAGGAGUGCCAGGAUGAUAUUGAUGAUGAGGGUAGGGAUGAUUGUCCUGGGGAGUAUCACCUUGUCUGGCAGCGGAGCUUUGCUCAUCCUUUACUUGCCUUGAAGUACGUAGACUUGAUGUCAGAUGGACUGUAUGAGCUGAUUCUGCUCUCACUCAAAGGAGUUCACAUUCUGCAGCAUGAUUUAGAAGAAGCAACGCUCAUCUGCCAGGAGAGACUAGCUACUGUGCCAUCACCACCAUCCUCAGCAACAAGGUGACAAAUAAAUGCCAAAGAUGCAAGGGACGUCAAGGAUCCUACUCUAUAACCAGAUAGAAUUAGUGAUGAACUUCCUGCUUUUGCCACCGUUUCAUGUAGAACACUGAAUAAAAUACAUUGAAUAUCAAAAUAAGAAUGUGGGGUUCACAUGGUGCUGUGCACCAAUGUCAAAAUACUUGACAGUUAUUAUUCAUCAAGCUGUACAUGUAUGUUCAAUUCAUUAGGGGGUUUAGUCACUUCCAUCAUAAGUCUUACAGACUAAGGUCAAGUCACAAGCUACAGUCUAAGGUCAAGUCACAAGCUACAGUGUAAGGUCAAGUCACAAGCUA